CUUCAAGUGUUUUGUUUUGUAUUAUAUACUCGUACAUUCAAAGGAACUUAACUUAUUUUGCAUCACCCGAGGCUCAAGUCAUCACAUCUGCUCAUCCCCAUGCAUUUGAAGGAAAGGCGAAGCCAAAUCCGCGCAUAGAUACCUGAUUUACCUUACUCGAGUCCUUGACAUACCUCGGCUUAUCUCUCCCUUCUCGAGCUGUCACACUCAACCCCCUUCUCUUUCUUUGACGACCAGAACCCAUCAUGACCCAGCCAAUGCCCGGCGCAGAGCGCAUUCGCGCCAUUCAAGACCAGGACGGCAUGUACCAAGCUUUCGACUCGUAUCCAUGGACUAAGGACAAGACUUUCAUGUCCGGUCUAUAUGCCAUCCUAGGCGAUCCCAACUCCCCCAAUCCGCGAGGGGACCCCAGUGAGCUCGCCCUGCACGCCCGCAUAUUCUACUACACCCAACGAGUCGGCGUCACCAUCGAUUUUGCAAACUACAAAGACUGGCUCGCCCGGCAUCCGGACCACACCCCUCCGGACGUCAUCCCGGAAAGCUACGGUUCCAUCAGGUCCACUGCUGCUGCUGCUGCUGCUUCUGCUCCCAUCUCCGCCGGGGAAAGCACGGAAAGCACCGAUGACGUCCCAGCAUGGCAAGCCUCCGCCCCAAAGGCCGAACUCUACGUCGAGAAGCAAAACCCGCCAACCCAUCCCGGCGCCGACGGCGACAAACCCGCCUACCCCAUGGGAUUCGCCGAGAUGCUUCAGAGGCUGCAGAGAGGGGAGACCAUCCCGGGAAUCCGUGAAAUUCCUGACACCGUCAUCAGAGAUCCGACUGUAAAACCUGUCGGAACACGGGCCGCGCCUAAGAAGCCAUGGGAGAAAGCCAUACCAGCAGUGGCCGAGUCACCUAUUUCUGCUCUUGAUUCCAGUUUCCCGUCUCUCGAAGAUGAGAAGACGACAGCAACUGGCGGGUAACCAUACAGAAGAGGUCGACAGAUCUAAGCUCAUUAUUCGUUAUGCGGAACUCCGCAGUCGAUCACACGAAGCCUUGUUGUCUGUGGCUCGCUCUUAGCGCAGACGUCUAAUCAUUCUAAACAAGCCACUUCACAAUCAUAUUAUUGCACCUUGGGCGCAUACGCGGACUUGUACAAUUGUUUUCUGCAUGAGUUGAUAUUACUUGAUAAAAGCUAUAUUUGUAUGAGGUGUGCCGUGUAUACUGAACUGUCUUGUCGAG